GAUCCUUUAUCGUAAUCUAUGUUAUCUUCAACUAACUGAUUCAUACACCAAGAACUGGUUGUGGUCAUUUUAUAGUUAAGUUUCUUAUCAGCUCCAUGAAUACGAGAAAAUUAUCGCCAACUUCUCACAGAGACUAAACCUUUUUCUCACGUGAACUACUAGAAAUCACACAGAUUUUAUAUUGACUCAACUGAUGUCUCAAUUUGAGCCUAAAAUUUCGUAUUAAAAUCUAUAUUUUUUUAAAUGCAAACAUUGUGAAAAUAUAAAUCCAAAUAUAUAUUCAGCAUAAAAAUUGUUAUGGCUGCUGUUUCAGAGGAUAUAAUACAUUCUCAAUUAAAAGAAAUCUUGUCUUCAACUUACGUAUCUCUAGACUUCGAUCAAGAAACAAGAGAUAUCUUAAGGAGAGAUAUGGAGCAAUGUUGUUGUGCCCACAGGCAUCCGGAUUGUUCAAGAACAAAAUCUGAUUCCAAACCAAAGAACAAAUUGUUAGACUUUUUCAAAUGUAGUGGAACAAAAGAUAAAGACAUGAGUUGCGACGAUAUUUUCUACACUGCAAGCAGUAAAACACCCUUGCGAGCAAUCGGUGUUAAAAUGGCUGUCACUUCCACACAUAAUGACAGGGAUAAGAACAAGUGUUAUCGAAGUAGCAGAUGUUUGUUCGAGCCAAUGAUAAAGUGUCCCCUCAUUAGCUGGUUCAUCUUAGCCUUUGGAACAAUGAUAUACAUACUUGCACGAUGCAUGUAUAACAGAGAUUUCAUAAAAUUUUGGCAAACAAGUGAAGGACAUAUUGUUUUGUCAAUAGAAGUUUUAAUAAUUAUUUUUGGUUUAUACAUGGUUUGGCGUCUCAUUGAUGGUAAGAAACAAAGUUUGCAGCAACAUAAUCAAAGACCUACAGAAUCAAGGGUUUAAGAUGUACCUAAAUAAAUAUUAUGUAAAUAAAUGUCAUAAUUGUAA